AUGAGCCACCGCUUGUCCCAAGCAGCGCGGCACACGCAAGAGCUGCUCCAAGACCUCGAGCGCGACAAGGAGCUCGAUGUCCUCCGCGUGUACCUCACGCGCUACAACCUCUUUCCCCGGAAGCGCGAUCCCAAGACGGCGCCCAUUCGCGCCGAAGAACUCCGGGACCUCGUGAAACACUGGAAACUUCAUCGGCAGCGCAACUUUUGGAAAUCCCACGCGACCAAAGAAGAGCUUGUGCGCACCUUGUACAAGCACAUCAACACCAAAGUGCGACCGUCCGAGGCACCGACGUCGGCCGUGUCGCCGUCCAGUUCGUCGUCGAGUGUCCUUCCCGCGCGCCCGCCGACACCCAACCCCAGUGAAAUCAAGAAAGCGCCUUUUGAUCGGCGCAUUACGCACCGAGGAAUAUCGAUGAGCAUGGCGGCCUUCACGUCAAAGCUCUCGCCGCGCAACGGCAACUACACCAUCGACGGGUACCAUGGGGACCUCUUCAGUCAGCGCGGCGACUACGACGACGGCAUGAUCUACCUCUCGCGCAUGACCACGUCCAGCGAGACACGUGAGACGGCGCCAGACACGUCGACGACUGCGACAACGACCCCUAGCAUCAAUACAGCCAGUGCUACGAACUCCGUGCAGCCGUGCGGUACACCCUCCACACCACGUAACCCUGCGGAGACACCAACGGACACCCGCAUUGAAGUUGCCGAUGAAGAUGCGACGACACGCGAGGUGCGCAUGAAGCAAGAAUGCGCGUGCAGCUUGUACCAGCUGGCACUGCAAGAAGGGCACGAGGCAGGCAUGGUGCUUGAAGGCUGCGUCCCCGCGCUCGUCCGCCUCUCUCUCUUCGACGACAACGACGUGAAAAAGUACUGUGCAGCGGCCCUCGUCAACCUCACGUGUGACGGCGCGCUCCUUCCGCGCAUGCUCGAAGAAGGUCUUCUCGGCGGCCUCAUGGAGCUCUCCAAGCUUCAGCACGAAGACGUUCGGCGCAACGCGGCCAUUGGGCUCUGCCGCGGGUCGUACGAGCGCAUGGGGCAGCUCCGGCUGCUCCAAGAAGGCUCGGUGCCCGCGAUGAUUUCCAUGUUGAACAGCACCGACUUUGACACGAAAGAAGCGUGUCUCAAGGCGCUCAUCAACAUUGCGUCGUACGCCGGCGCGACCGUCUCGGACACGGUGACCCACACGAUCGUCAAAAUGACCGCCCGCAAAGAUACGCCGAGUUUGCACUUUGUCGCGCAGGCCAUGGCCAAUCUCUCGGUACUCACUGGUCCCCGCGUCAAGGCGGUCGAAGACGGCCUCCUCGAGCCGCUGACCGAGGUGUGCCACGCCGGCGCCUCAAUCGACGUCAAGCGACUCGUCGCCAUGGCCCUGUGCAACUUUUCAGGUGUCGAGACCAACUAUGGGUACUUGAGUCAGCUCCCGAUUCUGCGCGUGCUCGACAUACUUCUCGAGACGCCCGACGAGCGCAUUCGCGAGCUCUCGUCGACGACGGUCGCCAACCUCACGUGCCGCCUCGACGCGCAGCGCCAGCGCAUUAGCAGCGUCCUCGCGAUGCGGCUCAUUCAGAUUGGCUACAUGCAAAACGACGUUAUCCAGAGCAACGUUUCGCUGGCGCUGGCCAACGUGGUGGAGAGCGACCGACUCUUGCUCACGCAACACGGGGUUGUCCCGCUCGUGCUUCGCUUUCUACGGGACGGCACGCCGCUGACGCAGAGCCACGCGGUUGCCUUGCUCUGCGGCCUCAUGGAGCACGAAACGUCGCGCGCGGAGCUCCUCCAGUGCGACGCGAUCGACGUUGUCUUGCACCUCACGACCACGUCCGCGCCGAGUAUCCGCGAGUUUUGCGCGCUCUCUUUCUUUAACUUCAGUGCGCACGCCGACUUGGCGCCAUUCCUGCUCGCCCCGGGCACGCUCGCGACACUCCUCGGUCUCUUGAAGGAGCCACUCCAGGCCAAAGACGAGGGCAAGGAGCCGACGAUUCUGCUGAGCCGGGUUCAGGAAUUAUGCCUCAACUGCCUCUACAACCUCUCGUUCCACGCACCGAGCCGCCCGGGCUUGGUCGCAGAAGGUGCCAUUGGCCUCCUCUGCCAAGUCUUUCGCAAACCGUCCAAGACGCUGGAGCCGAACAAGCGCUGCGUCGCUCUGCUCUGCAACGUCUCGUUUGACGACGGCAGUCGCGAGCAAAUGCUACGCGACGACGUUCUCAAGCUGCUCAAGCGGCUCACGACCAACACGACGUGCAAGGAGCUGCUGCUGUGCGCAUCGUCGGCGCUUUGCAACCUCGCGUGCCCCGCGAUGGCGUCACCCACCACACCGAUCCUCCAGAUGCUCAUGGACCUCUCGCAGUCGCCACACGCCGAGAUCUCGCUCAACUGUGCGAUUGCGUUUGCCAAGCUCGCGGCGACCAGCAUGUACACGGACGUUCUCUCGCGCUGCCUCGAGCUGCCGCCGACCUUGGUGGUGAUGAUGCGCUCGGGCAUCGAGGAGGUGCAGAUCCACUGCGCCACCGCGCUGUGCGGACUCGCGGCCGAGCGCGGCCAGCGGGGGGUAUCAUGUCUCCGGCACCUCUGGAAGGAAGGCACGAUCUCCGACUUUAUCGUCAACUCGCUCUUGCGCAUCAAUAGCGACUCGACCAAAGAGAUCUGUGCUAAAGUGCUCUUCAACGUCCUCACGCACGACGACUGCCGCCUCGCGAUGAUCAAAGGUGGCGUCUUGUAUGCGCUCGUCAAGCUCGCGCGCCUCGAGAGCCUCGAGAUCCGCAUUUUGUGCGUCACCGCGCUCUACAACCUCUCGUGUGACGCGAGUCUUCUCACCGUGCUCCUGGACAUCAACAUUGGUCAAGUUGUCGCCAAGAUGUGCGAGAGCGAUGUCAACAACGAAGAGACGCGGCAGAAACUGGCGGCGUGCCUCGCCAACGUCACCCUCGACGGCGGCCACGAAGCCGCCUUGGUCCAAGGCGAUAUCCUCAAUGCCGUCUUGCUGCUCUGCGAGCACGGCAGCACGCUCUGCCGGCGGUUUGGUGCGAGCGUCCUCGGUGCGCUCUCCAUGUGCCUCGACGUGUGCGACGCCAUGGCGACGCUGCCACUCAUCGAGCUCCUCUUGCAAAUGAUGUGCGCGGAAGACGGUCCGCAGACGCUCUUUUCCCUCAGCGCUCUCUGCAACCUCUCGUGCGCCGCGAGCGCCCACGAAAAGCUCCAGGAGGCCGAGACGAUUGCCUCGGUCGUCGGGAUUCUGCAGACGUCCGAAGAGUCGCUCGUGCUUCUCACUGGCGCCAAGGUGCUGCACAACAUGAGCUACCACGCCAAGUUCCACGCCGCGAUGCUCACAGCCGAGGUCGUGCCAACGCUGUUGCAUAUCGUCACGACCUUGUCCGAAGACGCCGGCGCGGCCAACCAACUCGUGCACGAAGGUGCUGUGCGUAUUCUUCGGUGCGCGGCGAUCCGCGGGAACAAUCCGCGCACGAUCGAGCUGUGCGUCAUUGCGCUCUGCCGUCUCUCACGCGGCGGCCAUAGCGGGCCGCAGCUCGUGGCCGACGGCCUCUUUGAUGUGAUUGCAUCGGCGCGAGUCGCGCUCGUCCUGCGAACGCUCUCGACGUACCUCGCGUGCAUCCCCGCGCUCUUGCACGACGCGCGGAUCGUGCCGAUCCUGCAGACGCUGACGCAGAAGCGCGAGCGAGACACGUGCCGCCACGUGGUGAUGCUCCUUCACAACAUUACCGCGUCCCGAAAUCGCGCGCUCCAAGCGCAAGCCAAAGCCGCGGGCGUGAUCCCGCUGCUCAUUAUGCUCUCGCAGGUCGGCGCGUCCGACAUUCGCCAAGUCUCAAGCGUCGCGCUCGCGCACCUCAACGCCGAGCUCUCGGACCGCGACGACCACUACGACACCGGGCUUGUCUCGACCUUGAUCUCGAUGCUCGACAUGGACCCGUCGACCAUGCACACGGUCGAGAAGCUCGCGGCGGCGAUGCCACCACCCCUCAAGCUCCAGAGGCAAGCACCAUGGAGCUUCCAUACAGGCUUUCGACCGACGCGGGUGCUCCUGCAGCUCCCGGUCGUCUGGACUCUUCAAGUCGCGCCCGUCGACGACGCGCGUCUCGUGCCACCCGAGCCCAGCGCGCUCGGCCUCGGUCCUCUCGGGCACCAAGCCGCGGAGAUCCUAAGAAGCAUCCAAGACACUGUGCACGGCCAGUAUACCAUCAUGCGCGUUGCAAGCGACAAGUGCCGGCUCAAACCAGCGCCGCGCACGACGCCGCUCGCACCAGCCGUCGUCCUGCAAAAGCUCGCCGAGCCUGUCGUGCAGAAGCUCGCCGAGCCCGUCGAGGUCGAGAAGGAGCCAGCAGUGAUACGCCCCGUGGCGCCGCCGCCCAAGCCGACCAAGCCGACCAAGCCGACGCCGCUGGUGAACCACACAUCAUUCAACAGCGCGCAGCGCUCGAGAGCGAUCCCGCACAUGCUUCCCAAACGCGGCUCGGCAGGCCAUCUGAACCUGCCAAAACUCUAG